GGGAGACAGACACUUUGCAGCGGCAGCUCGGCAGCAGCAGACGGCGGCCCUGCCUCCGGUCCCUCAGCACCGUGCUCCUCUGAUCCUCUCCUCUCUGCUCUACUCCCCGCUCUCUGCUGCGCACUGGCCUACAGAAAUGUCCGCCAGACCAGGAUUCUACCGGCAGGAGCUGAACAAGACUGUGUGGGAGGUUCCGGAGAGGUACCAGAACCUGACGCCGGUGGGCUCCGGAGCGUACGGCUCGGUGUGUUCGGCAUAUGAUGUGGUCCUGCGGCAGAAGGUUGCAGUGAAGAAACUAUCGAGGCCUUUCCAGUCUCUGAUCCACAGCCGCCGCUCGUACCGGGAACUCAGGCUGCUCAAGCACAUGAAACACGAGAAUGUAAUCGGGCUGCUGGACGUCUUCACACCUGCUGCAACGUUAGAGGACUUCAAUGAACUCUACCUGGUGACUAACCUGAUGGGUGCAGACCUCAACAACAUCGUGAAAUUUCAGAGGCUGUCAGACGAACACGUGCAGUUCUUGAUUUACCCAGCUUCUGCGCGGCCUCAGUACAUCCAUUCAGCGGGGUUGAUCCACAGAGACUUAAAGCCGAGUAAUGUGGCAGUAAAUGAGGACUGUGAGCUGAGGAUCCUGGACUUUGGAUUGGCCAGACAGACAGACGAUGAGAUGACAGGGUAUGUGGCGACUCGCUGGUAUCGAGCGCCGGAGAUCAUGCUCAACUGGAUGCACUAUAAUCAGAAUGUUGAUAUUUGGUCAGUGGGAUGCAUAAUGGGUGAGCUACUGAAGGGAAAAGUCCUCUUUCCUGGCACUGACUAUAUCGACCAGUUGAAGAGAAUCAUGGAGGUGGUGGGGACUCCGACCCCAGACCUGUUAAAAAAGAUCUGCUCUGAACAUGCACAGAAGUACAUCCAGUCUCUGCCCUUCAUGCCCCAGCAGGACCUAGAAAAGAUAUUUAGAGGGGCCAAUCCACUAGCUGUGGAUCUCCUGAAGCGUAUGCUGGUUCUGGACUGUGAUGGGAGGAUCUCGGCCUGUGAGGCUCUGUCCCACCCUUACUUCUCACAGUACCACGAUCCCGACGACGAGCCAGAUGCCCCCCCGUACGACCAAACGCUGGAGAGUAAAGACCGAACUCUGGAAGAAUGGAAAGAGUUAGUAUUUGAAGAAGUGAACAGCGUCAGUGCAUCCGGCACCAAGACUGAUAGCCUUCAGGUGGAGCAGUAAGCGUUUUUGUGCCCUGCCUCAACCUUUUCAUGAAGAAGGACCAUAUACUACAUGACUGGGGGAAGAACUGUGGCAAGCCAACCGAAGAAAACUCUACAUUCCCUCUGCUCAGUGUGACUCUGUUCGAUUGCCUUUCAUGAGUUUAUUUGAGCAGCAGGGCAGGACGGUGUCCACAGGAAAAGAUACACACAUUGCAAUUACAGGGAGCAUUUUAGAUUCCAAUAGAAGGAGCUUCCUCUUAUGUUUUCGCUCAUUGAAUGUAAAAUGAGGAACCAUUCAACAUGGCUGUCAGGGAUCGCAAAGGGCGUGAGGAUUCAUACAAGGGAGCAACUUUAGGAACUGAACUGGGUUUACAGGCUGAUAGAAAGGUAUUGAAGGAAAGAAAACACGCACACUAGGAUUUCCAAAGCAACUACAUAGUGCCGUCUGGUCCCUCCUCAUGACAAAUGUCAUAAGCAGUCAGUUCUCUCAUAUAUGGAAUUCAUGUUUAAAGGCUUGCAGCACUGCCACGUCAUGUCGCAGAGCAACUUAACAUUUAACCUGCAUACUACUGCAUGAUUUCUGUGCAUUUUGAUUAUUACAGAAUAUUACUGCUAUUGUACUGUAUAACCAUUAAAGCUGCUUAUUGCAUCUGCCACACGCAGCCUGAGGGCCGGAGAGAGGCAUUAUCAAAACAUGUGACCAACUUAUAACAAUAACACAAAAGCAGACAAGAAAUACUGUACUUCCUCAGACGAGAGUCAUCCUCUCCUGCUUACAAAGUAGUAAACACCAACUGUGCUACUAAUUAGCAAGGGAAUAAAUAUAUGCCAAAACUGGAGCAGAAUGACUGUGUUGCAGGUCUGUGUUUACUGUGCUGUCGCUUCACAUAUACACUUUUCCCUGAUGUCUGGCUUCUGAUCACCUGUUGGCUGUGGCAGCGCUCCGUCAGGUUUCCAUGGUUCUCUGCAGUGAGUUUUACAGCCCGGUUAUUGUUUACAAUUGUUUAGAUUAUGGGCCUUUGGUGCUGGAUAAUAGUUACCCCAGCUUCAUCAAAAUAAUUGUUUGAUUGCUCGUGGCAUAUUUUCUCAUGUUCUUCUUCAUGUCAUUGGGCGCUAUGAUGAAACUAAUACAGUGUGUACACAUUCAUAAGCGUUCACAGUAUUCAAGCACUGGAAAUGUUCUUCACUUUGAUUUGGGAUAUUUGAAUAGCAGUUCAAGAAAGUUACAGGGAACAUAUAUAAGCAGCAUAAACUCAAUACAUACAGAUUAUUACAAAAAAUGACUUCCUCACUGACAUUGGGUCAGCCAUCUUGCAUCAGACUGGAGUUUCAGUUCUACAAACUUUUUGCUGAGGUAGUAAUAAUCUGCUUGUAUUAAACCACAGUGUGCAGAGGCAGCAAACCACAGGUUGUCCAGCCGAAUUGAAUGCAACUGGGGUUCAUCGGACAAAUAUCUGAUCAUUUUAAUGGCAUAACCCUCAACCUUAAUAGAUGUGGUAUCACAUAUAAGAUGCAUUUGAAAUAAACAAGACAUCAUGUGGUGGUUUGGCCCCAUUUUAGUAAAUUGGAGGGUUUAUCGACAGAUGACCCAUCUGGAGAUAAAAGGCUAAUAAAUGAGCAUACACAUAAAUCCAGUUUAUAUCUGACUGCUGCAGAUGUGUUUUUAUAAGUAAGAUAAGCUAGGUUGUCAUACUAUCAUACCUAAAGUAUGUAGUAUACACAUGGUUGGCACCUAAACUCAUUGGCUACUGAUAUAAAAUGAACAAUAGAAGGAGAUCAAUCUUAGCUAGCUAGGCUAGCUAGGUUAAAUUCAAUUAAAUUCAUGUACUGUGGCUUUUCCCACUCAAGUCUCACCAAACCAAUGAGAUCAUUUCUGGCGUCAAAAAACAUUAUCAGAGCUAAACCAUAAAUUGAUCAAAAAGUAUUAAAGAACACAGUACAGGAAACCUCCUCCUCCCAAUGUAGCCUUUUCUGCAGGUCUUCCAUUAACAGUGGAGGCGAAAUGUUGAAUUUACAGUCCAAAUGAAUCUAAACUGUAUGUGUCAGUCGAAGCGUGUCAGAGCUCUGAAUGUUUAAGUGUUAUGUGCUUUAUGUGGAUGUUGUAUCUGUGGUGGAACUGAAAAGCAAACUGCAAAUCGAAUGUAUACGUAUACUGUAUGUAUGUUACAAGUGUUUUUUAAAACAUGGUGGAAUGUGAUUUAACAUUAGCCAUGACUUUCAAAUCACUGAACUGAAUGUCAACAAUCAGUUUCAAAUGAUUCAGAUGAUUUUCUUAUUCAUCAUCUACGCUGGGUUAUGCUCGGCAAGUGUUAGCAUCAAUCGAAUAAACACCAUCAGUUCUGUUA